GUCUACAACACGGGAGACCUUGCGUCUCGAGCAGUAGACGGCCGCAUUCACUACCACGGCCGAGUGGACUGGCAAGUCAAAGUGCGGGGGAUCCGAAUCGAGUUGGAAGCCCUCGAGCAGGCCAUCACCGAACUUUCGAAUGUGAAGCACUGCGAAGCUCGGGUCUUGGACGGCCAGCGCCUAGUGUUGCUGGCCUCGGGUGCUGCAGAGCUGUCGGAGGCGGAGCUGAAAGCGACCGCGGCUGCCCUGGGCCGUGGCUACGUUCUCAGCCAGGCGAAGAUCGUGGAGAACGAUGCGUGGAAGUUCAACACUUCUGGUAAGCUCUUGCGCAAUGCCGUGCCGCUGGAUGAUGCUAGCAGCUGCGAAGAAGAGCAGAAGAAAGAUGCCUGGGAUGCAUUCGUGAAAGAGGGCGCCUCUGAGCUUGAGCAAGAGAUUGCAGCCUGCUUGGCUCCGCAGUUGGGCCAGAAUCUGGACAGGUGGGAUUGCAACUCCCACUUCAUGGAAGAGCUUGGGGUGGACUCAGGCGGCUUUGGACGCCUUAUUUCUCAGAUGCGACUGCGGCCUUCGCUGCGGCAGGUGGACCUUCAGAUGCUCUUCGACCAUCCUACCGCACGAUCGCUGGCCUCCGCACUGGCUCUGUCCAGCAUGGACUCCGACUCCGAGGAAGAAGAGGGCAAUGACCUCCCUGAUUCCGAUGCCCUCUUGCAGGGUGUCAUGUCCCAUCUCGAGGCAAGUCCCCAUGCGGUCUGCGCAGAGGCUGGCUGCCAUAGCGUCACCUACCUUCAGCUUUUCAAGUUGGCCGCUUCUUACCAGCAGCUGCUGCAUCAGAACUUGAAGAUGGAGGCA